CUUCGUUAUCGCUCCACACGGCGCCUAGUAUUGGUGCCUGAUAGAUAAAAGGAACACUGAUACUGACACUAUAUCGAAAACCGCAGUACUCGCGAGGAACACCGUUUAUUUAUUUAUUUUUAUAUUGACGCCGGAUCCCCCAGGCGGCAGGCUACAUUGUCUAGAGAAGUGUCACGUGCAUAUGUUGCAACGGUCAAGUGCCGUGCGACUAAUGAAGUUAUGAGGAGAAAGAAGAGGGAGGGCAGGAAGGCUCGCCAAUCAUUCCUUUCUCAUUCCAGUAUUUCAUUGUUCAUUCAGCGCCCAUGAGACUCCGCAUCAGACACAAGGAGGGUACUGCGACCCUUACAACUCUUUCCGCACAGUCCACCUUGCUUGAGCUGCAUAGCGAGAUCGCCCGCGAGAUCAAGGCACCUGUCGAUAGACUGGAAUUAAAAUUCGGAUAUCCGCCCAAGUUAAUUGUCAUAGACGAGACAACCGCUCAUUCUUCCCUUGAGAGCCUCGGCAUUAGGGAUGGGGAGCAAAUCCUGACGUCCGAGUGGCCAGAAGGAUCGGCUGCCACAUUCAAUUUUUCCUCGUCGCAUUUCUCGGUAUCAGCAGCAGAGACCGCAACUGAGGCUACAAUGGCCACCGCAACGAGUUUCCCGCCCACUAGCAGCAAACAUGCUGGCAUUAGUGCACUUGGUGCUUCGACAGAAUCUGGAGGUGGUAGUGCAUUUGGGUCUCGUGCCGCUGUCCAUUCAACUGGAGCACAGUCGACAUUCCAGGUCCGAGCAGCUACAGAAAGCCCGGCCGGAGGGCAUUCAUCUGAUGGUCCCUCUUACAAGCCCACUCCAGCUUUCAUAGCCGUGCCGCCAAUGCUUUCAAGCGGCGCUGUUGAUGCUAUUCGUAUUCGAGACCAGGGCUUCUUGGUUGUCAGAGAAGUCGAGGACGACAACAGCUGUCUCUUCAAUGCUAUUGCCUACACACUCGAUCCAAGUAUGAAAGAAAACAUCAAGGGUCUUCGCCAAAUUAUUGCACAAGCGAUUGAGGCGAACCCUGAAGUGUAUCCGGAUGUUGUCCUUGGUCGCCCAAGAAAAGAGUAUUGCGAUUGGAUCACUAGGGAAAAAAGCUGGGGAGGAGCUAUUGAACUCGCCAUCUUCUCCGAACACUACAAUAUUGAAAUCGAUAGCAUUGACGUAGCUACGAAUCGAGUGGAUCGCUUUGGGGAGGGCAAGUACAGUCUGAGGACUGUGUUGAUGUACAGCGGUAUCCAUUAUGACGCGGUGGCCCUUACUCCAGGGUUGGAUAUUCCAGCCGAGUGCGAUCAAACUCAGUUUGAUACUACGUUCGAUGACAUCAUCGUUGCCGGAACACAGCUCGCCGCCAAACUGAAGAAGGCGCAUAAAUAUACCGAUUUGGCGACAUUCACGCUUCGAUGCUCGGUGUGCCAAGUGGGUCUCAAGGGCGAGAAGGACGCUCAACAGCAUGCGCAGCAAACUAUGCAUACUUCAUUUGAGGAAUACCAGUGAGAAAUACCAGUGAGAAAUACUAGUGAGGAAUAUCAGGGAUAGGGUCAGGCCCCUCCCCUUCCCCCUCCCCUGGCGCCCGCGUUCUUAGACCACCGGCGGACAAAUAAAACCAAUUUGAAUCUGAGCCCACUCAAAAAUACAGCAGCAAUGGCAGCUGUAUGAGUGUGACUCGAUAUUUUUGUGCAGCUGUU